ACUAGAUAAAGACUUGCUUCGGAAAAAUUACUCUAUCCUGAUUAGAAGAGCGAUUUUACACCAUGGCGUACCUUGCUGAUACCGUAUUUGCUGAUUGGCCAAGGGUUCAAUAUGCCGAAUUAAUUACAUUAGACAGGUUCACACCUAGAGUUCACCUUGUACAGCUGGCUGACAACCCUGAAACUCGACUGGUUGUUAAAUACGUUUCUAGUGAUACGGCAAAGGGAAAUAUAUGGAAAGAAAUGAACAUCUUGAAGACGCAGCAGCUUCAUCCUUCUAUACUUCCUAUCGAUCGUCUUAUACUAGACAACAACAAUUGCAUCGUUGGAAUGGGAACUAAAUUCGUCCCCGGUGGUAAUCUUAAUCGCAAUAAAGACCGAACCUUUAAGUUGAAGUGGCUCAAGCAGCUUACAGAAGCUCUGGAUUUUCUUCACUUCGAUCAAGGCAUUGUCCACGGCGACCUCCACAUGGGUAAUAUACUGGUCGACGAAGCCGCUGACAGGCUUGUGCUGUGCGACUUCAGUAUGGCCAGAGAGGCUACGCAGCGGAACCUGAUCGAAGAAUUUUGGAGUGUUACGUGGACUCUCUACGAGCUGAUCACACUUGAUUUUACCGCUGAGGAGGAACAAGUCCAAAAUUCACAACGCGAGAAUGGUGUGUAUAGUUUGAAUACCGAAUCUAUAGAGAAGUUGCCUAGGUGGACUGUAAGAACAAAGCUGGAUUGUGACGCAGAAACAUUCCGCAGCUAUCUUCGGGAGUGGAUUAAGGUGCGCAGGGAAACUCUGCAAUCUGUUAAGGCAAGAAAACCAGAAACCAUGAUCAACUUUUCAGAGAGGGGGAGGAUUCAGUGGGAAGGGCCAAUACAUGGAUGCCAAGGGAUACAGAGCAGGACGAUACGAAUGAACCACCAAUAUUGAUGAUUACAUGUAGGCACAUGUAGGCUUUAUAGCUUUUACACAUACGGUCAACGAGGUAGAUUAUACCAACGAAAGGAUAUAAUAAUAAUUAAGGCUGUCUACGAGAAAAAAGCUAGGCAUUU